UUAGUUGCAGUCUUUUAAAUAAAUUUAGCUAUGGAACCACCCAGUCCAUUGUUUGUAUUGAAAAAGGCUGCAGAAAGCAUCACUGAUCUACAUUUUUGGUGCAAAGUUCCAAUGGAUGGAAAAAAACGUGGGUCAGAUCAACAAAGUCCUUCUCAUCUUAUUGCAGGAUAUACUAAUCAAGGUGGUGUUGACAUUUGGAAUCUUCAUUCCAGGCGUGUGGAGUCUCAUAUUCCAUCUGAUCAUGGCAUUAUUUCAGUUUGUGGUAAUAACAAUGGUGAAAUUGUGAUAUUGAACAGAGAGGGUGAAUUGAAGUUGUUUGCUAACUCAGAUGACAAACUCAAGUUCAAAGGUCAAAUUUAUGUUCCGAAUGUUGGAUUCUGCAAGGCUUCAUGUUUGUUUCAAAAUAAUGUAAUAUUGACCGCUGUAACUGGUGAAGAAAAAUCUUCUAUAUCUGUGUGGAAUUUUACAGAGCAAGUUUCACUCUGGAGAUUAACUCCUUCUGAAAACUCUAUGCUUGGUAUGGUUAUGUGUACAAAACUCUUUAUAAACGAUUCAUUAUUGCUUCUUAUAGGUGGAUAUGAAAAUGGUUCUGUUUCUCUUUGGAAUGUAAAAGAAGAAGUUAUGAUGUGCAUUAUUGCUUUAUACGAUUCAGUUCCCAUAAUGUGCCUCGAUUUCAAUACAGCCACCAUGUGCGGUGUGGCUGGAUCUCCAACAGAGAUUGUUACCAAGUUUGAAAUCCGAGUGGAUGAUAAUAAAAAGCAUGGAAUUCAUAUUACAAAAACUAGAACAUUACCCAAUGAAGGAAUAGCUGAUAUUAAAAUUCGACCAGAUAGUAAAAUUAUUGCAGCUGGUGGAUGGCAUGAUGGCAGUGUUAGAAUCUUCAGCUUUAAAACUCUAAAACCUCUCGCUAUUUUAAAAUAUCAUGAUGGAACUGUACAAUCUAUUGCAUUUUAUCAUCACUCAGAUUCGUCAAAACAAUUAUUGGCUUCUGGUUCUGAAACUCACAAAAUUGCCGUUUGGAAAAUUUAUAACGAUUGAUUACUUCCUUGCUUUACCAG